AUGGCAACCCGUUCCCAGACAUCCUCUCAAGCCCAGUCCCCUUUUGAUCCAAGAGACCUGGGACCCCAACUUCCAGCAACCACUGCCGUCAAACUUGGGGAAGUGUUGUACACCACUAUAAGGCAACUUCACCCCCACGCCGUCUCAAUCAUUCCAUCCACACGCUCUGGCGUCCCCCAUCCCUAUUCCCGUCCUACCAGCCGCUCCAGCCGCCGCUCUGUUCCAUCCCAUUCCCAACCACCCACUUGCAGCCCAUCUCCCACUCCGCAAGACCUGCCAGGAAUGGAACUGGAGCCGACCCUUAGCGCUCUCCUCGAGGCUAUCACAGCCCUCACCACUCAAGUUGGGUCCCUCCAGGACCAAGUCAAGUCUCAAGGCAAGCAAAUCUCCCAGCUUACCGCCAUAUGCAAGGAGACCAACAACCUCGUUGGAGACAAGGAUCAGGGCGGAGCCCAAAACAAGCCUGGCCCAUCGACUGGGCCUGUUACCCCCCCUACCCACUCAGGAGGGGAAACCCACACUCCAGGCACGGUUAGGCCUGGACUCAAGGCCCCGUUCCGGCCCUCUAGAGGCACGGGCUUCAACUCUGAGGAUGAAGAAGAACCAAGGGCCCCCAAAAAGGAGCCUCAAGGAACGCCUAAACGGCACCUUGGGUCCCUUACCCCCUUUGACGCCGGGUCCAGCAUAAAAAGGCCCAAGAUGGACCUCCCAGACCCCUAUAAGGGAGAUACAAGGGGACGUAAGGCCACCCAAUGGCUUGACCGCAUGAUGCUCUGGGUUGCCCUCCACAGGGACCAAUUCGAUGAGGAGGAACAGAUGGUUGUAUGGAUCCUCUAUCAUAUGACCAAUAAAGCCGCCGAUUGGGCCCUCCCCAUCAUCGGAAACAUCAUCAAGGGCAAGGGAAACCCCCCCACCACCAUCCAGGCCCUUACGGGCAAAUUCAAAGAAGCCUUCGCUGAUCCAGACGCGAAGAGGGCGGCCGCCAGGAAAAUUGCCGCGUUGACUCAGACCACCACCACAUCUGAGUACGUCACAGAAUUCCGCAACCUCAUGGCGGAGCUUGACUGGAACACUGAGGCCUACAUUGCCCAGUUCACGCAAGGCCUUCACUGGAAGGUCAAGGAACUCCUAUCCACCAAGGAUCACGUCCCUGAUGAUGACCUCGAGGCCAUAUUUGCCGCCUUGGUCAAAAUUGACAACAUUCGUUGGGAGAACAAGGAGAACCAACCCAAGAAGCUUCCUGCCAAGUCCCCGGUCACCGCGACCACCUCCACUUCCACCACCACCACUAGGGUCCGCUUAUCCGAGGACCCCAACUACGUCACACCAGAGGAACAAGACCGCCGCCGCGCAGCAGGGCUAUGCGUUAAAUGCGGGCAAAAAGGGCAUGGAAUCAAACAGUGCCCCAACGGCUGGAAAGCCACGAUCAAGGAGGUUGUCAAGGUGGCAGAAGAAGAGGAUAGAUUCAAAUUUGUAAAUCUAGGACUGGAUUCUAAUAAAAAACCACUGCUCUUCAUCGAUCUAUAUGUCCAGAACUUCCCAGCAGAACCUUUGAAAACCCUGAUAGACUCAGGAGCCACGUCGAACUUCAUUUCCCCCUUGAUUGUGGAAAAAUACAAAAUCCCAAAAACCCAACUCAAAAAUCCACGAGUUGUGAGAAUGUUAGAUGGUACUAUUUCCCAGACUGGUCGCAUUUGGCACCAGGUUCAAAUCGCGGUCUUGGCCAAUGGCCAUCCCCACACUAUCCCUUUUCUUGUCUGUCCUAUCAGCAAUACCUUGGCAAUCCUUGGCAUGACUUGGCUCAUAACUGAAUCCCCUCUCAUUGAUUGGCAUCAAGGACUUAUCACAUUCCCCAAACAGGUUCAAAUUGCCUCUGAGGAAGAAGCAGACCCAGACCCUUUGGCGGAACUCCCCCCUCAGUACCACGAGUUUGCUAGAGUGUUUGGCAAAGAGGAGUUCAAAGUCCUCCCUCCACAUAGGGAGUACAAUAUAUCAAUUGACCUCACUCCAGAUGCCAAACUUACACCAGGUCCAAUCUACGGCAUGACCGAUGCGGAGUCUAAAGCACUGAAGCAACAUAUUGAUGAAGAACUAGCCAUGGGCAAAAUUCGCCCCAGUACUUCAUCAGCAGGCGCCCCGGUGAUGUUUGUAAAGAAGGCAGAUGGUUCCCUACGACUGGUCGUGGACUACCAAAAGUUAAAUGAUGUCACCCAGAAAAAUGUCUACCCGCUCCCUAGACAGGAUGAUCUGAUGGCCAAGCUCAGGAACGCAAAACUGUUUACCAAACUAGAUCUUCGUUGGGGUUAUAAUAACGUCAGGAUUAAGGAAGGAGAUGAGUGGAAGACGGCCUUCAGGACCAAGUAUGGACUAUUCAAGUACCUGGUCAUGCCCUUUGGUCUCACCAACGCCCCGGCUGCCUUCCAACAUUUCAUGAAUGACUUGUUCAGAGACCUCAUUGACGUCACAGUGGUGAUUUACUUGGAUGACAUCCUCAUCUUUUCCGAAGACCCCAAGAAGCAUCCAGAACACGUUAGGGAAGUCCUAUUGAGACUAAUGAAAAACCAGUUGUUCUGCAAGCUCUCUAAGUGUCACUUCCACGUCACCACAGUCAAUUACCUUGGCAUUGUCAUAUCCCCUGCAGGCUUCUCCAUGGACCAGAAGAAAAUCGAGGCUGUUACAUCAUGGCCCCAACCUAAAACAGUCAAGCAGGUCCAGGCCUUCCUAGGAUUUGUGAACUACCUUUGCCAAUUCAUCCCCAACUUUAGUUCCGUGGCUCGCCCCCUCCACAAUCUCACAAAAAAGGAAAUCCCAUGGUCUUGGGAGACCCAAGAGGAAGAAGCCUUUCAGGAAUUAAAGUCCCUAGUCACCCGUUCCCCGGUCCUAAUCCACUCAAACCCAGAUCUCCCCUAUUACCUAGAAACGGACGCAUCAGGCGUAGCCAUGGGUGCCAUCCUGAGCCAACAAGGGGAAGAUAACUGCCUUCAUCCAAUUGCUUACAUGUCCAAGUCAUUCUCAGGAGCAGAAGCCAAUUAUGACACCCACAAUAAGGAACUCCUGGCGAUAAUUAAGGCAUUGGAAGAAUGGAGAAUAUUCCUGGAAGCCACAGACAAGCCAAUCCAGGUCUUCACAGACCACAGGAACCUGGAAUACUGGAUGCAGGCCAGGACUUUCAACCAAAGACACGCCAGAUGGCGCAUAUUCCUGAGCGAUUUCAAUUUCGAGAUCCAUUACCAACCAGGAAAGCAAUCGGGGAAACCAGACGCCCUAUCCAGGAGAGCAGACUAUGUAGAAACCACCCAGGAACCAGAAGUUAUGCUACCGGCUGAGGUCUUUGCCAACACAUCAGAAGAGGAGCUAGAAAUAGUCACGGAAAUCCGCUCCAAACUUAGAGAGGAUCCUUCCCUGGAACCCAUUAUCCAAUUCCUCACUGAAGACGCGGACAAUGCUCCCCCCUCAAUUUGUAAGGCCUAUAGAGAUUAUGAUUGGGAAGAAGACCUCCUCUGGUACCAAGGAAAACUAGUUGUCCCAGACGCAGAAACCCUGAAGGAGCGCCUUCUGAAGGAAUACCAUGACUCACCGCUAGCGGGACACCCAGGGCAACAACAAACCUUAGAAUUGCUCAGCAGGAACUACUGGUGGCCAGGAAUGAAGUCGUCUGCAAAAGAAUGGGUAGAAUGUUGCCCGGUAUGCCAAGCCAACCAAAGGGCCCACGCACCAGUCAUUGCUCUUAAACCCUUGGAAGUUCCCCCGUUCCCAUUCCACACCAUCUUGUACGACUUCAUCACUGGUUUUCCCAAGUCACAGGGCCACGACGCUAUCUUAGUGGUAAUUGAUUCAUUUUCCAAGUUUGGGCACUUCAUCCCCACUUCCAAGAAAGUUACCGCCAAAGGCCUUGCAGACCUGUUCAUCACCCAUGUGUGGAAACUUCACGGAUUACCGGUCAAAACAGUCUCAGACCGAGGGACAACGUUCACAGGAAAAUUCCUAAGGGCACUGUAUCAACGCCUAGGAGUCAAACCCGCCUUCUUGUCAGCGUAUCACCCAGAAUUGGAUGGACAAACGGAAAGAGUGAACCAGUUCAUUGAGUUCUAUCUCAGGUCCUAUGUUGCUGCAGAUCACUCAGAUUGGGCCACAUGGCUGCCAUUAGCGGAAUACGCUUACAACAACGCUAAGCAUACCGCUACAGGAAAAACCCCCUUUGAGCUGGUUUACGGAAGGAACCCAGUCAUGAAUCCAUCUAACGUUCCUGCCAACGUCCCAGAAGCCAACCAAGUAGCCGACACCCUAGCACGAGAAUGGCAAGAAGCGGAGUCAUCACUCAGAAUGACCAAGGAACGCAUGGCAGGCACAAAAGGAGUGGUACCAGAAUACUCUGUGGGCAAAAAAGUCUGGCUGGACGGAAAAAACGUGGAACUUAGAACAAACUCCAACAAGCUAGAUCCCAAACGGCUAGGACCGUUCGAAGUCACUGAAAAAAUCUCCAGUCACGCGUACCGCCUCAAGCUACCGGAAACUCUGAAAAUUCAUGACGUAUUCUACGUAGGACUACUAUCUAAAACACACAAGUCCCCAAGUCAGCCAUUUCCGGACCGGCCCCCUCCUGAAACAAUAGAAGGGGAAGAGGAGUACGAGGUUGAGCAAAUUAUUGACUCUAAGCAACAACAAGGAAAAUGGUUUUAUCUAAUAAAAUGGAAAGGGUAUGGCCCGGAGGACAAUUCCUGGGAACCAGAAGAACUAUUGGAACAUAGCCAGGAAGAGAUCAAGCGAUUCAACCAAGCUAGACUUAGAAAGGCUCGUGACGCCGCCAAGAGCCUUUAA